UUUUCUUUUGCUCUCUUAAUCUAAAAAAAAUGAAGCAAGUGGGGGUGGGUCCCUGAGUUUGUUAAGCUUCCUUAAUCAAAGCAAUUUCAACCCAUCUUAAAAAACUAUAUCCACCGACUCCUCAUAAUGCAAAAAAUAAAUAAAUAAAACUGAAACCCAAACUCUAAAUAAUAUUCCACACGUUUCUCCGAUCGAUUGCCCAUCAUAACUUCCCCACCUUCGGAUUUAAAUAAACUAAACCCACGCGCCUGAUCGGACGAUCCACAAAACAAAGGAGCAUACGGGAUUCCUCCUACAGCUGUUUACACUAAAACAACCCACCCGCCAUUCUUCAAAAUUUUUGUUCCAAGACACUUUUUCCCGUGUGUUAACUGGCACGUGCGAUCCUUUUCAACAAAAAAGUUUCAGACAUUGCUCUCUUCCUUAAACCUCCUCUCUCUCUCUCUCUCUCUCUCUCUCCUUCUGGAACCAAUUUUUUUACUCUGAUCUGUUUCUCUCUCUAGAAUUUUCUUUGGGACCUUUUCUUUAAUGUAAGCUUACAUCAAUCAAGAACAGAGAUCCAGAAAGAGAAAAGAAGAAUCAUUUCUUCAUUUUCUUCGAAUCUUUUAAUGUUUGGAGUUCUAAAAGCUGUAGCAGAAGGUGCUUGUAAGCAUUUGGAGUUAUAAGAACAGCAUAGAUCCUUAAGUGCUGUGUGCUUUUGGUAUUGGCUAACAUAUGAAGAAUGUUGAUUUAGUUUGUCAGCAAUAUACUCUAGCCAGAAGCUAAUGGAGGAAAGUGUCAGCAAGGGACCAUCGUCAUUAAGGCAAGGUAGCUUUAAGUCCAGUUUGUCAGGAAGAUCAACUCCAAGGAGUUCUCCUACAUUUCGGAGACUGAAUUCAAGCAGGACUCCAAGAAGAGAAGCUAGAAGUGGUGCUGGUGGCAUUCAGUGGUUUAGGAGCAACCGCUUAGUUUAUUGGUUGCUUUUGAUCACUCUUUGGGCUUACCUUGGAUUUUUUGUCCAAUCCCGGUGGGCUCAUGGUCAUAACAAAGAUGAAUUUUUGGGUUUUGGUGGUGAUCAAAGGAAUAGGCUUGUGGAUGCUGAAAAGAACACCCGAAGAGAUCUGCUUGCUGAGGACAGUUUGGUAGCAGUGAAUAAUGGAACUAAAAGAACUCAGGUCUAUAGUGAUAAAAAUUUUGAUGUGAUUUUGGCCAAGAAAGGGAAUGACGUUUCAUCUAGGAAGAAAAGGAGUAAAAAAGCAAGGCAUAAUUUGCGCAAGAUGCAUGGUAAGCCAAAGGCAACAAAGAACAUUGAAAAUGGUGACAGAGAGGUGCAAGAACAGGAAAUUCUGCUGAAAAAUUAUACUUACGGAUUACUUGUUGGUCCAUUUGGGUCGGUGGAGGACAGAGUGUUGGAGUGGAGUCCUGAAAAGAGGUCUGGAACAUGUGAUAGGAAGGGGCACUUUGCACGCCUUGUUUGGUCUAGAAGAUUAGUGUUGGUAUUUCAUGAACUCUCAAUGACAGGGGCUCCAAUUUCAAUGAUGGAGCUGGCGACAGAGCUUUUGAGCUGUGGAGCCACAGUAUCUGCUGUAGUUCUCAGUAAGAAGGGAGGACUGAUGUCCGAGCUUGCAAGGAGAAGGAUCAAAGUGAUUGAAGACAGAGCAGAUCUUAGCUUCAAAACUACCAUGAAGGCAGACCUUGUGAUUGCAGGAUCAGCAGUUUGUGCAUCAUGGAUUGAUCAGUAUAUUGCUCAUUUCCCAGCUGGGGGAAGUCAAAUUGCUUGGUGGAUUAUGGAAAAUAGAAGAGAAUAUUUUGAUCGGUCAAAGCUUGUUCUACACCGAGUGAAAAUGCUUAUUUUCUUAUCUGAAUUGCAGAGUAAACAAUGGCUCACCUGGUGUCAAGAAGAAAAUAUUAAGUUGAGAUCUCAACCUGCUCUUGUUCCACUUGCUGUUAAUGAUGAACUGGCUUUUGUAGCUGGCAUUCCUUGUUCUUUAAAUUCUGUGUCUGCUAGCCCAGAAAAGAUGCUUGAGAAAAGGCAGUUGUUGCGAGAUGCUGUAAGAAAAGAGAUGGGUUUGACAGAUAAUGAUAUGCUUGUGAUGUCUCUAAGUAGUAUAAAUGCUGGAAAGGGCCAGCUCUUGCUUCUCAAAUCAGCAGGCCUUAUAAUUGAUCAAGUUCCUUUGGAAACUGAUUCUGAAGUUAAAAAAUCAUUUGAUAUCAGGCAAGAUCAGUCAACCUUGGCUGUAAAGCAUCAUUUAAGAGGUUUGCUUCAAAAGUCAAGCUAUGUUAAUGUAUCUUCUACAGAUUUGCAGUUAUUUACCCCCGUAAAUAGCACAACUGCUGUCAGCUUUGACAGCAGUAACAGAAGAAGGGAAAUGCUGUUUGAUAGUAAAGGAAAACAGGAACAAGCUCUUAAAAUUCUUAUUGGUUCUAUUGGAUCUAAGAGCAAUAAGAUACCAUAUUUUAAAGAAAUUCUAAGAUUUUUGUCUCAGCAUGAAAAGUUGUCACAGUCCGUGCUCUGGACUCCUGCAACUACACGUGUCGCUUCACUAUAUUCUGCAGCAGAUGUUUAUGUCAUGAAUUCCCAGGGACUUGGAGAAACAUUUGGCAGAGUAACUGUUGAAGCAAUGGCAUUUGGUCUUCCAGUUUUAGGGACUGAUGCUGGAGGCACAAAAGAGAUAGUUGAGCACAAUGUUACGGGCCUUUUUCACCCUAUGGGGCAUCCUGGGACCCAAGUUCUAGCUGAAAAUCUCCUGUUUUUGCUAAAAAACCCGGCUGCAAGAAAGCAAAUGGGGAUGGAAGGAAGAAAAAAGGUAGAAAAAGAGUAUCUAAAGCGGCACAUAUUCAAGAGAUUUGUAGAGGUUCUCUCCAGGUGCAUGAGAAGCAAAUAGCAUCUAGUAUUGGACACUCUCAUUCUUUAAUUGGUUUUUGAUUGCGAAACAAUGGCGAAUAUUGGAAUUUCCAUCACUCUGCACGAGUGAUUUGUCAAAUUUCUUAUUGCUUCAGUUAAAAGUACAUAGCUUUUUUUUUUCUUGUUAGAGUUUCAAGUACAUAAGCCCAAAGUAACCAAUAAGACCACAUCGGGCCGAUCCUCAGGCCUGGUGAUUACGUAUACGACCAUAAAUUACAAUCCAAUGAAACAUAAAUAAUACAUAUGAUAUAAUUAUAAAAUUUAAGAAGAAAUCAAUAAAUA